AUGAUUUUUGAAAUAUCCGAUUUCUGCCUAAACUACCUCAACGGCUCCUUCUUCGAGUCAGCCCGCCUUGCUGCGACCAGGCCGCCAGCCACCCGCCUCCUCUUCGCAUGCAUGGCCUUCUACGUCGCCUUCUUUGGAAUUGCCUCAUACACACUCUCAUACAUUCUACUACAGCUUCUACUCCUCUACAGCAUCACAAAUAAGAUCCAUUUGAACACGCUCAGGUUCAUUUCAAACAACAUCUCGCACCAAAUGACACUCUCGUUAGUUCAGGGCGUCACCACGUCCCUGGUCAUAGGCGUCCUUGUUUCCGUGCUCCUGCACGUCGUCUACAGACUCACUGCGUCUCACACGAUGUCUCUUGCCAACCGCUACAUCGUGGCGUACACUGGCAUCGUGGCUGACCACAUUCUGGCUCCAUUUCGCCAUUUUGAGGCAGUUGGCCGCAACCAGGCUGAGACUGAGGUUGUGCUUGGCUUCGGUGUCUCUCACGUGGCCAUUCUCCUCUGCUUCCGCCUCAUCUACAACCACACCACGCACUUCUGCAUCUUUCUCUUUUCAUUUGGUGGCUCCUACUUUCUGGUUCGAAUGUCGCCUGCCUUCUUUGACGAUUUGUCGCUUAUUCCCGCAUUUCUGGUUAAUUCUGUUGUGAUGCUCUGUGGAGUCUGCUCACAGAUGUGGAUUGUACGAAACAGGAUGUGGUACAGAAACAUCGACGUGGUAUUGGAUACAAGCAAGCAGAGGAUUGCUGGUAUCAGAGGCUAG